AAUAGAACUGGCUUCACUUGUGUGAUAGAUCUGAGUUGCUGCUGUUAAGAUGCACUUUAUUGGCCUGAGUUUGUUCGUGAUCCUCGCAAUGGAAUCCUGGCAGUUGGGCAAUGGCGACUGCUGCACUAAGACCCGUGUUAAGUUUGAGAUAAAUGAGAAGAACGGUGAUUGCCAUGAUUAUCACAAAAGUAGCAAGAUAAUUUUUAGUGAUCAGUGCACAAAUCGGUUGUGUGGCGACUUAUCCUCGAAUUCGCUCUGUUGUGGAGUUGGCAGUUGUGAUGUAUUCUGUUGUGGUUGUGAUCGCGGCUGCAUUAAAGGAGAUGUUGGCAAGGAAUUUAAGAAAGUGUAUGGAAAGAAGAUCACAUUGAUCUCACCUAAACUUGAAAAGGAACCAAUAAAAGUUGUUGUUCAUGCCUACAACAUUACUGUGGAAAAACCUGACGAUUGAUGGAAGACUCCAAAUAGCUGGUUGUAACUUGUACUUUUAAAUAAAAUAACUAUGCAAUGUGGUCUU